GUUGAACACCCAGACAUUAAUUUGACCCUUCAGGCCUUCUUCUCCAUGCAUGCCGGGUUGUAUUAGCUGGGGAGACCAAUGAUCCCACUCCCAAGAGCCGCAGCGAAGGCCACCUCUGAUGCUGCAGCCCCGUUCGUGGGACACAAAUCCUUAUUCUUUUGCCCGUUCAUCUAAGAAAAUCGUACGUUCAGUGCGCCAGUGACUUCUGGUGUUAUUGUUAAUCACUUGACUCGAGUUAAAAUGCAACAAUGGAAUGAAGCCGCUUGAAAAUAAAAGGCCUAGAAACGUGCUGUGUAUUCUUUUAUAGACCCCCUCUUCUAUCAUUAUGACUUCUGAACUUUCAGAUGCCCUGGAGAAGGUGACCCUCCAGGACCAACGUGAAGAGGAAGGCCAAAUCCAGCAGACUGAAGAAGAACAAAACCAACCAAAAGCAAAAGCGCCUCUGGAGCCUUUUCGAUUCUUCGAUCUUCCCUCCGAAAUUCGACUGCGCGUGUACUCAUUUGUUCUUUUCACCAACAAUCGCAACAAGACUUUGCGGACCAACGGCAAUGUUGGUGCCUCGUCGAAAAAUCAACUCGUCGCCCCUCUAUCGCACCGCAUCUCUCUUUUUCUAGCCUCGAGUCGCCUUCAUGACGAAGCUAGCGAUGUAUUCUAUUCCACUCAAAUCAUCCGUCUGUUCCCGGUCCAGGAUUACUCCCGGGUACCAACAGUCAGAGUCUUGCCAGCACGGUACCGACCUUCCAUCACGACCAUCGAGCUGAUUCUAGGCUCGAGCUGGACAGCACCUCCGAAAUCAUGGACAGUGGAUAAUAGUCUCGGGCUGGAGGAUAUGGUUCGGGCGCGCACACUGAAAGUGUUUACCCAAUGUGAUCCGUCGCAACCGUUUUUCGAAGGCUUCCGCAUCUCAAAGGAAUACUAUACCCAUUUUUCAGGCGAUUUAUUGCAGCAGGUUUUGAUCAGAAUGCCAAACCUGGUCCAGGUAGAAUUCGACGGGUUUCCAUCAGUCCGCAAGAGUGGACCGCUGAUGAGCCGGCUGUUAGAUGAGGCGAGAAAGGCUAACAAGAAAAUCCUCUGGGGCCCCGAGCGAGGGUGGUCGGAUUUGGAUGAUGACGAGGAGCGCGCCUAUAACUUCGAGGGAUUUAGACUGGUGCAUGAGCGGAAACAGAAGAACGCCUCACAUCGGAUGAUUACGCCGCUCAAUACAUGAGCUAUCCAAUGACUUGGCCCUUUUCACUAAUUUUACUAUGCCUCUGAAGGCUAAGAUAUCUCAAAUCAGCGCACACGCUGACUGGUGUACUAUAGUAUCCUCCGAUGCAUGUCACUGCUUGUAUAACUGAGUUGAAGCAGCAAAAAAUUAAAAUUCAUAUCCUUUCAAUACUUGAAUCAUAUUACUGAGUAGGA